GAUGCACAAAAUUUGGCGGGAACUCGUCGCCUCUCUCUUUCUCUCCGACCCGACUCGGCGACUCCAAAGUUGAAACCCUAGCUCUAGGAGGACCGUGGCGAUGGGGCGAGGGGAGGAGGAGGAGCUCCGGGCGGCGAAACGGGGAUACCGUGAUGCGGAGCGGGAGGGAAACCACGAGGAGGCGGCGCGGUGGGCCAACGUGGUGGGCGACAUCCUUAAGCGCCGCGGCGAGUACGUGGAGGCCCUCCGCUGGCUCCGCCUCGACUACGACGUCUCCGUCAAACACCUUCCCCAGAAGCAGAUUCUCCCCACCUGCCAGUCUCUCGGGGAGGUCUACCUCCGCCUCGACCGCUUCAAGGAAGCUCUCACCUACCAGAAGAAGCAUUUGGAACUUGCCAAGGAUUCAAACGAUCUUGUUGAGCAACAAAGAGCUAGCACUCAACUUGGUCGAACUUACCAUGAGAUGUUCUUGAGAUCUGAAAAUGACCAUCAUGCUGUGCGAAAUGCCAAAAAGUAUUUUAAGUUGGCGAUGAAACUCGCACGAACACUUAAGGAGAGUUCUUGUGAAAAAUCUUCUCUCUUUAUUAAGGAAUUCAUUGAUGCUCACAACAACAUAGGUAUGCUUGAAAUGGACCUUGAUAAUUUGGAGGAUGCUGAGAAGAUACUUCUUCAAGGUCUAAAAAUAUGUGAUGAUGAAGAGGUUUCAGAAAAUGAUGAUGGUCGCAGCAGGCUUCAUAACAAUCUCGGAAGUCUCUAUAUUGAAUUGCGGGAGUGGAAUAAAGCUAGAGAGCACAUUGAGAAGGACAUCUUAAUUUGUAAAAGAAUCUGUCAUCCUCAAGGUGAAGCCAAGGGGUUCAUCAAUCUCGGGGAACUGCAUUAUCGAGUUCAGAAGUAUGAUGAAGCACUCCUUUGCUAUCAGAAGGCACUUGACAUUGCAAAGUGCAUGGAAGAUGAAGACACAUUAGUUGGUCAGAUCAAUCAGAAUAUCCGGACUGUGAAAGAAGCAGCUAAAGUGCUGGAGGAGUUAAAAAAAGACGAGCAGAAACUCAAAAAACUGACAAGGACCACAAGCGAAGCCCGGGGCACAUCAAAUGAGAGAAAAUGUCUGCUGGAGCAGAAUGCAUGUCUUGAUUGUCUAAUUGAAAAAUGUGGCAUGAUAUUUGCCUGGCCAAAACAUCAGGAAUUUGCUAAAAGGAAGAAAAGGGUGGCGAGCGAACUUUGCGACAAGGAAAAGCUUAGUGAUUCUUUUCUUGCCAUCGGAGAGUCCUACCAGAAGCUCAGGAACUUUGGCAAAGCUCGGAAAUGGUAUAUGAAGAGUUGGAAUGGGUACAAGUUAAUAGGAAACCUUGAGGGGCAAGCAUUAGCCAAGAUAAAUAUUGGAGAGGUUUUGGACUCGUCUGGUGACUGGGCUAGUGCAUUGGAGGCAUUCGAAGAGGGUUACAGAAUUGCAGUUCAAGGCAAUUUACCAUCUGCCCAGAUGUCUGCGCUGGACAAUAUGCAUUACAGCCACAUGAUUAGGUUUGACAAUGUUGAAGAAGCCAGGAAAUUGCAGCAUGACAUUCGGAAGUUGAAGAUUUUACUAGAAGAAGAUGCAUUGAGGAACAGGGGGAAUGAUUAUUGCUCUGAAACUGAAACAGAAAGCGAUGAUGUAUCUAAUGAUGUGCCUGAUGUAUGUGCUUCAUCUGAUAUUAACAAGACUCCUACAAUCAGGUCUAACCUGCUCACAAGUGGAGAGGAAUCUUGUGAGGAUGUUCCUCUUGCAUCACUUAUCCGCCGCAGUAAAAAAUCAGCUAAGAUCAAGAUGUCUCAGUUGGAUUCUGUUGGCAAGAAGGCCAAGAUGUCUUGUCAUCUGGCUGAAGCUUCCUCUAGAGAUUUAUACAAGUUGAAUGAUGAUCAGCAGCCAGCUGGUCGUAAGCGUAUUCGUGUAGUGAUCUCUGAUGACGAAGCUGAUGAGACAGAUGAGAUCACUGGAUCAGGAAGAAAGUUUCAUAAAAGACUGGUUGAGGAUGUUGCUACUUUUCAAGAAGAAAACCACAGGGGUGAGCCAAUUGGCACCAAUGAAUUUCAGGACGUUUCACAUCCCAGUGCAUCCAAAGAUGUACUCAGUGCUUCUACACCUAUCAUUGAAGAAAGUAUUUGUUCUUUCAGAUCCAAAAGCCCCAUGUUUACUGCUGAUAAUGGCACAGAUUUUGGAUCUUCAAGUGAUGCAGGAAUAGGCAUUGCAUCCAAAUCUGCAGCAAGUGGCUCUAAAUUUGAUAGCGGUCAUGUACCUGGCAGUCUUCCACAAAGAGAGAAUGGUUCAGGAUUCAAUAACUUCAAUCUAUCUGAAGAUGACAAUAGUCAGUUCAUCACAUUUAAAAUUGGUGAUAAGUUAGUAUAUGUGGACAUAAGUUCUUGCGAUGAUGGGGGCUAUCUGAACAUCGAAUACAUGAAAGCUGAAGUGGCAUGUGUUUACUAUCUUCAGCUCUCUGAAGAGAGGAGGGCCAAAGGAUUGUUGCCUGUCAUCGGACAUCUUAAAUGUUCCGGGAAAUCUCUGGAUCCUGAAGAGACAAUUGAAGGUCUUAAGCAUCUUGCUUGUGGAAAAAUCUGGAUUGAUGUGGUUAUCGAUGGAUGGGUUCCAAAACGCCUUAUGAAGUUGUAUAUUGAUUACUGUGGGAAGUUAUUGGAGGCACCCAAUAUGAAAUUGCUGAAAAAACUAUAUAAUCUGGAGGUCUCGGAGGAUGAGGUCAUAGUAUCUGACUGUGGAUUGCAGGAUUUUUCGAUUUCACCUUUCUUAAAAGCAAUGCAGGGUCACAGAACAGUUGCAGUAUUGGACAUCUCUCAUAAUUUGUUAGGGAAUGAAACAAUGGAGAAGCUUCAACAAAUAUUUACAUCAUCAAGCCAGAAAUAUGGUGGUUUGACAUUGGAUCUGCAUUGUAACCGUUUUGGUCCAACUGCUUUAUUCCAGAUUUGUGAAUGCUCCGUCAUGUUCUCUCGAUUGGAAGUGCUUAAUCUGUCUGAAAACCGUCUGACAGAUGCAUGCAGUUCAUACCUUGCCACCAUCUUGCAGAAUUGCAAAGCACUGUACUGCUUAAACAUAGAGCAGUGUUCUAUCACAUCUAGAACGAUUCAGAAGGUUGCUGACUCACUACAUGAUGGAUCUGUCCUUUCGCAUCUCUCAUUAGGAAAGAAUAAUCCUAUAUCUGGAAAUGCAAUGGUUAAUCUACUUUCCAAACUUUCUUCUUUAAACCGAUUUUCAGAACUAAGCUUGACUGGUGUAAGACUGAACAAGACUAUGGUUAAUAGCCUCUGCCAACUUGCUCAAUCCUCAAGUCUGUCAGGGUUGUUUCUUGGACGAACAUAUAUUGGAACCGACGGUGCUGUAAAGUUAACUGAGGCAUUAUCCAGUGGGCCUCAAGAGUUGGUGAAGUUAGACCUAUCAUAUUGCGGGCUGACGUCUCAUGAUUUUACAAAAGUUUGUGCAAAUCUUGCUGUCAUUGGUGGUAUAAUCGAAUUAAACCUUGGAGGAAAUUCCAUUGGUCAAGAGGUCUGUGAUGCUCUGGGAUCAAUUCUUGUGGAUCCUCAAUGCAGCCUCAAAUUUCUCAUUCUCAACAAGUGCCAUCUCGGGUUGGCAGGAAUUGUUCGAAUUGUUCAGGCACUAGCAGAUAAUGACUCGCUGGAGGAGCUUCACUUGGCUGAGAAUUCUGAGGUCUGCAAGGAAAGAACCUUGAAGUAUGAUUCAAUGAUGCAAGGGAGCUCAACUCCUGCAACCCAAAAGCCUGAUGUAGCUGAAAUGGCUAAUGCAGUUGAUGCAGUGAAUGCUGGGCGCACUGGGAUUGAAGUUGCCGAUAGCGAAGAUGAGAUGAUCAAGGAGGAACUUCCCACCUUGUCCGGGCCCGAUGGAAGCUGUGCAAGCAGCUGUCAGAGGAACCCGUAUGGGGGUUGUCAGCUGAUUCAAGAGCUAUCCGAGGCCAUUGCUUUGGCCAAGCAAUUGCAGCUGCUUAAUCUCAGUCAGAAUGGAUUCUCUGAAGAAGCUAUAGAAUCGUUGUAUGCUUCAUGGUCGAGUUCUAGAUGUGAAGCUAUGGCUCGCAAGCAUGUUAGCAAAGACUUGAUCCAUUUUUGGGUAGAUGGAAAGAGGUGUUGUGGUGUAAAGCCCUGCUGUAAAAGAGAUUAAAGGGUUGUUCUUCGAUGAAGUCCUCUUGCUUAUUUAAAGGAAAUAAAAACUUCUUGUCCCAGUAUUUUUUUA